AUGGAGCCUGGGACCUCGCGUGAAACUCUGAAGCGUGCAGGAAGCCCCAACCCGGCCGGUCUGCGGGAGGAGACGCCGGGAGAAGAGGCGAAAGGCGGAGACGGCAGAACCACGAUGAGAAAGCAAGUGGGAGCGGACUGUGGGGAUGAUGGAGAGUCUAACAGCCAGAUUAAAAACGGAGAGGAAUACGAGGAGGAAUUGGACCCAAGAAUCCAGGAGGAGCUGGAGCACCUCAACCAAGCUAGCGAAGAGAUCAACAAGCUGGAGCUGCAGCUGGAUGACGCCAGGUCGAGCUACAGGAGGAUCCUGACCGAUUCUGCCAGGAAGCUCAAUGCCCAGGGCUCGCAGCUCGGUGCGUGCAUUGACAAAGCAAGGCCUUAUUAUGAAGCUCGCAGACUUGCCAAAGAGGCCCAACAGGAGACCCAGAAGGCAGCUCUGAGAUAUGAGAGGGCUGUGUCCAUGCACACUGCUGCCAGAGAGAUGGUGUACGUGGCAGAGCAAGGCCUUUUGGCUGACAAGAACACCAUGGACCCAACCUGGCAGGAGAUGCUUAACCAUGCCACCGCCAAGGUGAAUGAGGCGGAGGAGGAGCGCCUUCGCAGUGAGCGAGAGCACCAGCGAGUCACCCAACUGUGCCAGGAUGCUGAAGCUCGAGUCCAGACUCUGCAGAAAGCCCUGAAGAAAGUCAUUCUCAAGUCCAAGCCUUACUUUGAACUCAAGGCUCAGUUCAAUCACAUUUUGGAGGAGCAUAAGGCUAAAGUCGUACAGCUAGAGGAGCAAGUGGCAAAAGUAAAAAUGCGUUACUCCGUGGCCCUGCGCAACCUGGAGCAGAUCAGUGAGCAGAUCCAUGCACAGAGGGGGCGGACCAGAGCCAGCAGGGGGCAUCCUGCCCUCUGUGGGGGUCGGAGCUCCCCUGUAGGUGCUGAAGCUGAGGUCAGAACUGCCGCUGGAAUCCAUGACAGUAGCUGUGUGGGAGUCGACACUAUUGAGAGCGAUUGGGCAGAUGGUGAGAAAACCAGACUGUGGGUAGAGCGGCACCGAGAGAGCGGCUGGGGCCAGAGGGAGCAACCGGGGGCAGAGCAGGUCGGCUCAGACUGCAUGUCGGUUAUCAGCCUUCAAACCAUCGCCUCCGACCUGGAAAAGUGUGACUCGGUGGAGCAUUUGGGUGACCUGAGUGAUGCUGGGAGCGUGCUGGGUGAAGAGUGGGACCACUACAGCAAGUCCAAUGACAAGCCAGUCAGCCAGAUGGUGGCUGAAGGGCCUCAGCAGGAGCUUGUUCACCAGGAGAAAGGAGCUGUUAAUAAAGAGAAACAGGAGAGUUUUGUUAAGCAGCACCACAGAAGUGUUAGUCUAUGAUCUCAAGCAGGAGGAGGAACGUUGUGAUGGUGAUGAUCGUGGCGAUUAGGCUGAGCGAUCAUAGAAGGACUGAGAGGUGCCAAACAAGCUGACACGAAGACGCUGACAGUGGUUGACAAAGUUAGGAAUAGGUGGGUGGAUUAACAGGUACAUCAGCUGCACACUAAUGAAUUUGUGUGACAACAUUAAUCCAGUGGAGCAGCCCUGCACAGCGCACUGAUCCAAUCUGCUGCUCAACAGCUGAUUGUAAAGUACAAAUAGGCUUUUAACAACAGUUUAAACACAUACUUGUGUUUCAUUUGUGCACCUGGUUUUGGCAUUCCCUGUGUUAGCAUGCUAUCAGCUUGUAUUUGCUUUAAGGAUGGUCUGAAGCACCUGUUAUACUUUCUGCAUUUACAAGUUUGCGAGGGUGCCUUUGGGUCUGGGUAACAUAAAUUUGUGCCAUCAGAGGAUGAAUGCAAGGCUUUGUAAAGACAUACGCACAUGUACCCUCCAAUUUGACCACUCUACAAUGAUUAUGCUGCAAGGGGAAAAAGCUGUACAUGUGGUGUCCACCAGUUGCUGUGCCUGCUUCUGCAAGUGAGUAUGGUCUUUAGGAGCAAUAAGAGUGAAUUCACUCUGCAAACUUUCCUGAUGUAGGAACAUGCAGAGUGUGACGAGAAACAUGAGCAGUUGGGUUGGACACAAACUGGCAGCAUGAACCAACCCAUCUGGGAAACUGUGAUAAUCCUCAAUUCUGAAGAAAGAAUGUGGACACAAAACUGCACUGUCUGUGGGAGAUAAAAUAAGUCUGUAACUGAUUUCAGCUACUCCCUUAUUCACAGUGGUCACCAUAGCAGGCAGUGCUGCAUAUUUGAGUUCACAGAUUUGUAUCGUCUCACGAGACUCAACGGGAAUCUUUCACUUCUGUUUUUGAAGUGCUGCCAAAUUAGAGCAACAUCAACCACACUGGAGCGAGCAGUGGUUUCAGGGUAAAGAGGCACACUGUAGGGUGCAGUCAGGCUCAGCUUUCCAUUAAAAUAUUUAUAAAAUAUAUUAUAGCAUAAUUUCAUAGGGUGGAACAUUUUCCACUAUUGUACAUGGAAUACAUCCUCCAUCUGUGCCGUGAACUUUGUGAAUUGUACAUUAACCAAUCCCGUAUCCUAACCCAGUGCUGCUAAAAUAAACGUCUAAUUUCAAAAAGAUAAA